AUGAUUGCGGCGGCGGCACUGCAAUCCGACCAGAUCCAGCAAUUGAAGGACAUCUUCGUGCGGUUCGACAUGGACUCCGACGGCAGCCUCACCCACCUCGAGCUCGCCGCCCUCCUCCGAUCCCUCGGCCUGAAACCCACCGGCGACCAGCUCCACUCCCUCCUCUCCAACAUCGACGCCAACGGCAACGGCUACGUCGAGUUCGACGAGCUCGUCUCCGCCAUCCUCCCGGACAUCAACGAGGAGGUCCUCAUCAACCAGGAGCAGCUCCUCGAGGUCUUCCGGUCCUUCGACCGGGACGGCAACGGCUACAUCACCGCCGCCGAGCUCGCCGGAUCCAUGGCCAAGAUGGGCCACCCGCUUUCCUACAAGGAGCUGUCGGAGAUGAUGUGCCAGGCCGAUACCAAUGGCGAUGGCGUCCUCAGUUUCCAGGAGUUCGCCAACAUCUUGGCUAGAUCAGCCGCUGAUUUUCUCGGCCUCGCCGUCAAGUGA